UAAAUGAUUAAAUGACACGACUACUCAGUCAGUUUGCAAAAGGAAAUAUAUUAUAAAAGUGUUCUAUCAUUUUUAUAGAGUCUUCGAGCAGUGAAUGUUAAGUUCAGCAUCUUUUGAAUUAAAGCAAAUAAAAAUGUUGAUAGGUGUUUACUGAUGUCAAAUUGAUUUCCUUCUCUUUUCCUGUCAGUAUUCACCAUAUAAAGAGAAUCUAAGAUUAAGUAUGAUAUCAAUAAAGUUUGUUUGUUAAUAUCGCGCCUUUAUUACAAAAUCAAUAAAUACUUUAUGGUAAAAAGAAAGCAAAAUGUUUAAAGCUUUUAUUGGUUAAUUUAUAACUGUAUUUUACCGCUUGAAAGUAAAUGCAAAAUCUUUAAAAUAAACUGAGAUAGCGUCUUGCUGGCAAAGUAUUGCUUAUACCUUACGUAACUACAGGUAAAUACCGUCAAUAUCUUGCUAUAGCUCACACUAUCAUCAGAAAAGAUCAUCAACUUGUAGGUUGGCUGAUUGCUCUUUCAAAUUCUAAAGAUAUACAUACAUUAAUCCAAGUCUGGUAGCAUCAACAAACAUUAUGUCGAGAAACCAUUCACUGUUUUGAGAUAAAGACGAGUGGAAAAAUGUCACUAUGUGGUAGGAAUAUGCUUUAUUUCCCGGCUGUGCUGCGGUCUUUCUCCCGAUAAUGUGAAGUGAAGGGAAGGGAACUAACGUUUUUUAACGAUGAAAUUGGAAUAUGUAAUUAACUUGGAUUUGCUCGUCAUCGGAAUCUUAUAGUGAGAUUGGAUAAUAAUUUAAAAAAAUUUGUGCCCAAAAAAAAAGCUGUGCUCAGUUUCUUGUUAAUGGUGUUUUUUAUAAAAAAAAAAAAAUUAAGAUUGAGUUACAUUUAUCGCAAUGAAUUUAUAACAUGCAGUUGGUUGUACAAUGUUAAGAGGUUAAGUGUCUGUGGUAUUACUCAUGUAUAUGUACUUAAAGAGCUGAUUUUUUCCUGCCAUAAUAAAUGAUACGGAAGAAUGAUCUAGUUUAUUAUGCUAGGCUUUGAAACUUCUACCUGACAUCGGCCGAUCAUUUUAUAACACGGAAUGGAACUGUUUUCCGAUAACUGAUCAUACAGGAGAAAAGUCGCAUCUGAAAGUGUGACAAGAGUAAGCGGCGAAGGAGGAUACAAUGGAUGAUAUGUUACUCUUAGCCAGUUGAACGACGGAUAUCGUGUCUUGUAAAAACAGAUGAACACUGGAACUAAAAUGUAUUAAUAAUUGUUCGUUACAAAGAGGCCAAAGUGACAUCAAUGAAAAAAACACGCUAUAUAUUUUUUGUUAAUUGUUUUGUAACAUUUUUAAGUUGCAGAACACAAUGAUAGCACUGAAUGGCUAUAUUUUGGAUACAAAUAGUUGAAUGGAAUAUCCGAUUGCUUCUAGAUGAAUGACUACAAAUACAAGAAUGAGCACAGAAGAUCUCACAGACACGUCUAACAAUUCUAAUCUAGGAUUUCAAUAUUUGGAUGAAUUAGUUCAAGACAAAAAUCAAACAAUUAUUACAAGUGGUCCUAUAUUCGAAAUAGCACAAAAAUCAUUCUUUGGAAUACUUGUCUAUCCUCUGAUAAUUAUCAGUGUGUAUAUAUUCAUCGGAUUGAUAGGUAAUAGCAUUGUUUUUUAUAUAUUCAGUGUGAAAUGGAAACGAAACAAAACGUCUGUUUUCAUCAUUACACUCGCGGUCUUGGAUAUAAUCAACUGCUCUGUCAAUAUGCCAAUUGAAGUCGCAGUUCUGUCGAAACCUUUCUCUUUCGACUUUGAUAUAUUCUGUAAAGUAGCGCGUUGUAUUUCAUACAUAACAACAGCUUCAUACUCAUUCCUCCUAGUGGCUGUAGCAUUUGACCGCUACCUUAUGGUUUGUCGGCCUCUAAAGAGAAUGACACUGGGUAAGCAAUAUGCGAAAAAAACGUGCAUAGGUGCUGUGCUGUUAGGAUUACUGACCCAGUGGCCAUCUGUAAUAAUAUACGGCACGUUCGUGUUUAGAAUUCCUGUACCACAACCAAAUACGACUAUAGAAAAUAGCAGCGUUUUCGUUCAAGGAAAAACGUGUUUGGUUACAAAUUAUUACUACCACGAAAACCCAACUUUAACGUACGCAUUUCAGGGAUUUUUAUUCGUUGGACAUGUAAUUAUUUUCACCGCUUUGACAGUUACGUAUAUAAUAAUAGGAAAGAAAUUGUAUAUAUCUUCGCAUACUGAUCUCGAAAAUACUGGAAACAAAUCGGGAUUGUUUAAACGGGGACUCUUGUCAGCUAUUACUGGAUCAGUUUUAUGCGGCCGAAGGACGGAGUCAAUUAGUGCUGAAAAUUUUAACUCGAGACCUGUAAGAAUCUCCACGGUUAGUGAACAUACUAGAUUCUCCACUUUAUCUACCGAGAGUGAGAUGGCAGGUGCUAUGCCGAUUAUAACACACCAGAGGGGAACUUUCAAUGCACAGGACACGUCAGGAAAAAGUAAUGACACGAAUUUUAGUAAAAGCAUGAACAAUAUCUACAACUCGUGUGCGUAUUCAACGGCUGACCAAAAAGUAGAUCUGCACACAAAAGAAAAGCAGAAGGAUCUCCCUAGCAAUGAACAAUCUAAUAACGUCACGCGCCAUCAUAAAACAUCACUAACUUCCAAACGACAAUUAUCACAGCCUAACGCUAACAGGAGUUCAACUGAAUCUUCGAACUCGGCUUUGUUUUCUCAUCCUCUUUUACCUCGUAGCAUCAGUAUGGAUGGUGCCCAGUUGUAUUCUACGUGUAUAGAAAAACCAAAGAAAUUGGAUUUGAAAGAGAUAUCCUUAAAACGAAACACCUUAAUAAUGAGAAUGGUAACGUUCACAUUUAUUUUAAGUUACCUACCAUUUCUGAUCAUUGUUACAAUAAGGUAUGCCAAUCCAGAUAUUCCCGGAAAGCUAUCCCGGACUCCAUUAAUUGCUUAUCACGUGUUCCUAAGGAGCUAUUUUUUCAAUAGUGUGAUAAGGCCGUUUAUCUACGCGAUCAUGAACAAAGAAUACAGACUUUGUGUUUUACAACUCCUACACAUACGAAACUGUGUGAAGUAGACGACCUGGUGUAACAUAUAAGAAACUGUGUGAAGUAGACGACCUGGUGUAAAAUAUAAGAAACUUUGUGAAGUAGACGACCUGGUGUAACAUAUAAGAAACUUGUGAAGUAGACGACCUGGUGUAACAUAUAAAAUCAACCGCAAGUGUACUUAUGUAUGUUGCACCGUUAUUGUUGGCAAAUAAUGUCUGUACAGUAUUAAGUAACUGACUAUUGUGGCAAAGGUUACAACUAACACCGUGAGAAGAAUAUCGAAUAUGACAGCUGUUCCGAGCAGGAUACAUUUGUUAAUAAUUCAUAGACAGUUUGCAGGUAUACUACACCUUUAAAACAUAAUCAUCAGAUGAUAAUGACAAUUGAAUGUUUGAUUAACAGAGCUGAAACAAAGUCUCGUUGCAAUAAAAUACAAUUUUAAU